GCAGGGAGGCUGCCUGUUCUGAAAGGAGAGGUUCCACAUAGACUGGUAACGGGGGGAUAACUUCAGGGGAAUGAAGAACAGGACGUAUCACUUUGGAACAAAGUGAGAAACACAACCUGGAAUCGUUGGUUUUUAUCUGCUGCAGUUAUGAGUGUCUGUCCAGAUCAGAGGGAUUCUAAUCAUCUUCAUGGAUUUCCUAUUUCAGAGUGUCUUCUCAACCAGAGGAACCACAUCUGGCCCGGGGCCCGGCGGUGAUGCUGGCCAUGCAGCGCUACAACUGCUCGGGCGUGAUCGCCCCCCUUCCUCUCUUCAACGGCACCGCCGCGGCGCAGGAGCCGCAGGCCGCGGCCUGCAACGCCACCCGUCCGCCGGGCAACCCCGCGUCCGCCGGCCUCACCAUGACCCUGGGCAUCCUGUUCAACGUGGUGGCCCUCAUCAUUCUCGCCAAGGCUUACAACCGCUUCCGGCGGCGCUCCAAGGCCACGUUCCUGCUCUUCGCCAGCUCCCUGGUGGCGACCGAUCUGGCCGGGCACGUCAUCCUCGGAGCUCUCGUGCUGAGGAGAUACUCGGAGGGCACCGGGUCGGCGGCCAACCCCGUCGUUCAGGGCGACAAUCCGGACUUGCCUUGUAUGUUCCCGGGGGGCUGCAUGGUGUUCUUCGGCCUCUGCCCGCUCUUCCUGGGCUGCGGCAUGGCCGGCGAGCGCUGCCUGGGCGUCACCAGGCCUUUGCUGCACGCCCGCCUUGUGACCACGGCGCGGACAAAGAUGGCGCUGGCCUUGAUCUGGCUGCUGGCUCUGUGCGUGGCCAUCCUGCCCUUCUUCAACCUGGGCGCCUACACUUACCAAGACCCAGGGACGUGGUGCUUCAUCAAGGUGGAGAGCACCAGGACGACGGACCUGGUCUUCGUGAUGCUGUUCUCCGGGCUGGCUUUGAGCUCCCUGGCCUCGGCCUUUGUGUGUAACACCAUCAGCGGGGUCGCGCUGGUGAGAGCCCGGCUAAAGAAAAGGUCGUGCUCCGGACGGCGCUCCGCCGGCUCCCAGGACACGGAGAUGGUGGUCCAGCUGGUUGGCAUCAUGGUCACCUCCUGCAUCUGCUGGAGCCCUCUGCUGAUCUUCGCACUGAUGUCGGCCAUAAGGUCCUACAGUGGCUUCCUGGUCGGGGAGAGAGACACUUACAGCGCUCUGAUGGUGACGGGUGUCAGGAUGGCGACCUGCAACCAGAUCCUGGACCCCUGGGUCUACAUCCUGCUGCGGCGCGCCGUCCUCAGGAAGAUCUACCGCGUCACCAAAAGACGGGCCAGUUUCAAGGGGAGCACGUUCCGCUCCAUUCGCUGGGAGGUCGGCUCCUUCCAGAACUCAGAGAAAAACACAAAGAUUUAAAUGGACCUAUACAGAGGAAGAAAGGGGACGCGUCACCUGUCACUUUUGACUCCGUCUCUCGUCCAGCAGUCCAUCAUCUGGAUUCAGUGUUCCUAAGAAAAGGAGCUGUCACCCUGGUUUAAGUGUGUUGGGGUCUUAAAUGGAACCAGAUUUGAAGCAUCACCGACCAGCUCGUAGAGUUGUUGUAUAAAGCGUGUGCUACGAAAGAAUUAAAGGAAGAUAACUCUUUAUUAAUUCUGGUAACAGUAACAUGGCUCUCGUGCAGGACAUGCGUGCACAGCAGUCCUGCACGAGAGCCAACGUGAAUGAAAAGUAUUACGUCAGUUGAAGUGUAAUGUGUUCAUGUUUUAUUGUUUUUGUGAAGUGAAGACUGUACCUGUAGUUUCAAAGCAAAGUUUUUUUUUUUUGUUCUCCAACAACAAUGCAAAAGUGAAUGACUUGUAUGAAUAUUCACACAAGAGAGCCCUAAAAAAGGAAUGACUGUGCUGUUACCUCAGCUUAAAGAUGUGAAAAACGCUGUGUAGUGCUGUGACAUGAUUGUUAUUGUGUGUUUGUAAAUGUGUCUCGGGACUGAAGUGAAAGUGCAAAUUCUGAUGGAAUGUGAUAUUAUUAACAAAAGGGAAGGUUUGAUUGAAAAAGAAAUGAUCUGUUCAUGUUUCAUCUUAUUCUAUUUCAUGAUUGAUGCCAUGGUUUUAAAGCUUUAUUGCGAUCAAGAAGGGUCAAGAAAAAUCA